UGCCGUCGCACACUCGGUCCAACACCCCCGACCCGACGCCGGCCCUGCGGGCUCCCCGCGACUCUGACCCAGACCCCGUGCCAGCCCCCUCCCCGCGGCGCCCCCCGCCGCCCCCCGGGAACGGCCGUGGCGUCCAGGUCCGAGCAGCCCCUCCGCGACCAUGCGUGCAGCCUGGAUGCCGGCCCUCUGCCUCGGUGUCUGCCUGCUGUUGCUGCUGCUGUUGCCGGGGCCCGCGAGCGGCGAGGGAGCCGUUCCCCUCGCUAUUACGUGCUUUACCAGAGGUCUGGACAUCAGGAAAGAGAAAGCAGAUGUCCUCUGCCCUGGAGGCUGUCCGACUGAAGAAUUUUCUGUGUUUGGGAACACAGUAUAUGCUUCUGUGUCAAGCGUCUGUGGUGCUGCUGUUCACAGGGGAGUAAUCAGCAACUCAGGGGGGCCUGUACGAAUUUAUAACCUACCAGGUCAAGAAAACUAUUCUUCAGUAGUUGCCAACGGCAUCCAAUCCCAAACACUUUCCAGGUGGUCUGCGUCUUUCACAGUGACAAAAGGCAAAAGCAGUAGCCAAGAAGCCACAGGACGAGCAGUGUCCACAGCACGUCCACCAACAGGUAAACGGCUAAAGAAAACAUCUGAGAAGAAAACUGGUAAUAAAGACUGUAAAGCAGACAUUGCAUUUCUCAUCGAUGGAAGUUUUAAUAUUGGGCAGCGGAGAUUUAAUUUACAGAAGAAUUUUGUUGGGAAAGUGGCUCUGAUGUUGGGAAUUGGAACCGAGGGACCACAUGUGGGCCUUGUGCAAGCCAGUGAACAUCCCAAAAUAGAAUUUUAUUUGAAAAACUUCACAUCAGCCAAAGAUGUUUUGUUUGCCAUAAAAGAAGUAGGUUUCAGAGGGGGUAAUUCCAAUACAGGAAAAGCCUUGAAGCAUACCGCCCAGAAAUUCUUCACAACAGACACUGGAGUGAGAAAAGGAAUCCCCAAGGUGGUGGUGGUAUUUAUUGAUGGCUGGCCUUCUGAUGACAUUGAGGAAGCAGGCAUUGUGGCCAGAGAGUUUGGUGUAAAUGUAUUCAUAGUUUCUGUGGCCAAGCCUAUCCCUGAAGAACUGGGGAUGGUUCAGGAUGUGGCAUUUGUUGACAAGGCUGUCUGUCGGAAUAAUGGCUUCUUCUCUUACCACAUGCCCAACUGGUUUGGGACUACAAAAUAUGUAAAACCUCUGGUACAGAAGCUGUGUACUCAUGAGCAGAUGAUGUGCAGCAAAACCUGCUAUAACUCAGUCAACAUUGCUUUUCUAAUUGAUGGGUCCAGUAGUGUGGGGGACAGUAAUUUCCACCUCAUGCUUGAAUUUAUUUCCAACAUAGCUAAGGCUUUUGAAAUCUCAGACAUUGGUGCCAAGAUAGCUGCUGUACAGUUCACUUAUGAUCAGCGCACAGAAUUCAGUUUUACUGACUAUAACACUAAAGAAAAUGUUCUAGCUGUUAUCAGAAACAUAUACUACAUGAGUGGUGGAACAGCUACUGGAGAUGCUAUUUCCUUUACUGUUAGAAAUGUGUUUGGACCUGUGAGGGAUAGCCCCAACAAGAACUUCCUGGUAAUUGUCACAGAUGGGCAGUCCUAUGAUGAUGUUCGAGGCCCUGCUGCUGCUGCACAUGAUGCAGGUAUCACUAUUUUCUCUGUUGGUGUGGCUUGGGCACCUCUGGAUGACCUGAAAGAUAUGGCCUCUAAACCAAAGGAGUCACAUGCCUUCUUUACAAGAGAAUUCACAGGAUUAGAACCAAUUGUUUCUGAUGUCAUCAGAGGCAUCUGUAGAGAUUUCUUAGAAUCCCAGCAAUGAUGACAUUUCAACAACAAAAAAGUGCAAGGAGACCCAAUAUAAAAGUUGUAUUUCUGUACUCUGUAACACCACAUAGCAUACUAAAAUCAGAUACAAAACCAUCAAAUAUGUCAACAGCUGUUUCAAGCAAGUAAUAUUCAUUUAAAGCUACUAUUAAAAUUUUAGACUUAAUUAUUCAAAAACUCUUUGCUGAGACUUCAUAAUCAUGACCCAUAAAAACUCAGGAAAGAUGGUAUUGUGGAAUAACAUAUUCUCUCUAUCCAACCAUGCCUACUAAAUGUAUAGAUGUGCAAAUUCCAUAGCUCAAUAAAAGAAUUUGAUACUUAC